AUGUUACAGUAUCAUUAUUUACAUAGCGAUAAUGCAAGUAUAAAAAGAGGAGAUCUCCAAACUCUUAUCAAUAUUGUAAUUUGUAAAAUGUUUAGAUCAUAUUUAUUAGUUGUAUCUAUAUUUGUAUUUUUAUUCCAAGUUAGCUUGGUAUUCUCUUCAAGAGGUGUCGAUAUCUCUCAAGCCUCCACCAUUGCUGCUUUCCAAUGUUUGAAAUCAAAAGGAUAUGAUUGGGCAGUCAUUAGAGUAUAUGGUAAAUUCAGUAUAAUCGAUGCAUAUAUCUUUCCCUGUUUUUCUUGUGGUAAUGGAGCUGGUCAAGUAGAGGCAAUGGUUAAAUACAUUCACUCAUACAAGACUAAUGUUGACAUGGUAUGGUUUGACAUUGAAGGACCUGGUGUCUACUGGAGUAGCGACCAAUCCAAGAAUCGUGAUUUCUUUAACUCUAUGUUGGCAGGUGCCAAGAGUGCAGGUGUAAAGGUUGGAGUCUAUACUAGUGAAUCACAAUGGGAACCAAUCAUGGGUUCAUGGACUGGAGGUGCUGACUACCCACUAUGGUAUGCUCACUACGAUAACAAUCCUUCAUUCAGUGAUUUCGUGCCAUUUGGAGGUUGGAAGAAACCACAUGCCAAACAAUAUGAAGGAUCUGUUAGUGACUGUGGAAUCGGUGUUGAUCUCAACUAUUAUUAA